AAAUAAUUAAUUUUGUCGUAGAAGUAAAAUGCAGGUCAAACAAUUAACUAUCGCUGAGAUUGAGUCUAAGGUGAUUUUUCUUAAGCUCGCUUCUGGUGUUAUCGCUGGAAUUAUCUUAUUCUUCAGCUUCUUCAACUUCCUGUAUGGACUAGACUACUAUAUGCAAACAGUCGCCAGUGGAUACUUGACGCUAUUUUGUGCAGUUAUCAUCUUAUCAGAGUUCUCUCCGAGUAUAUUUGAGAACUACAUCCUUAAAUGCUUCCCGUUCCUACAGUACCACUCAGGCAGAGGAAUCUUCUACAUGAUACUUGGAACAUUCUGACUAGAUUCCGUCAUGGGAUACCUUGUCUUCUUAGCAGGAAUUGGGCUUGUCGCAUGUGGCAUUCUAUACAUUAUCGCUUUCUUUUUGAUUGAUACCCAGACUAAGUCCCAAGUUCAGAGGGAAAAUAAUGCAGCUGAUGGUAUAAGCUCUAUGACUCCUGGAAAUAAAGACCAAGUCCCAUCCGACCACGGAUAUUACAGUGGAAAUAAUGCUUAAAGUGGAUAUGGCAGAAAAAUUAUGGUUAUUG